UCUUUCUCUCUUAAAACAUAAUGUCUCUCUCCAACAAGCUCUCUAUCCGCGACAUCGAUCUCAAGGGAAAGCGCGUCCUCAUCCGCGUUGACUUCAACGUUCCUAUCAAGGAUGGAAAGAUCACCAACAGCAACCGUAUCAUCCAGGCUCUUCCCACCGUCAAGUAUGCUCUUGAACAAGGUGCCAGCGCCGUCAUCCUGAUGUCCCACCUCGGCCGUCCCAAUGGUGAGGUUGUCGCCAAGUACUCGCUUAAGCCUGUGGCCGAGGAAGUCUCCAAGCUUCUCGGCAAGCCCGUCGAGUUCCUUGAGGAUUGUGUUGGUCCCGAAACCGAGAAGGCCUGCAAGGAAGCCACCGGCGGCCAGGUCUUGUUGUUGGAGAACUUGCGUUUCCACAUUGAGGAGGAAGGCUCUGCCAAGGAUGCCGAGGGCAAGAAGGUCAAGGCUGAUGCCCAGAAGGUCAAGGAGUUCCGUGACUCCCUCAGCCGUCUUGCUGAUGUCUACGUCAACGAUGCUUUCGGUACUGCUCACCGUGCCCACUCUUCCAUGGUCGGUGUCGAGCUCCCCGAGCGCGCCGCUGGUUUCUUGAUGCAGAAGGAGUUGGAGUACUUUGCCAAGAUUCUCGAACACCCCGAGCGUCCUUUCCUUGCAAUCCUCGGCGGUGCAAAGGUUUCUGACAAGAUCAAGUUGAUCGAGAACAUUCUUGACAAGGUUGACUCUCUGAUCAUCUGCGGUGGUAUGAGCUUCACUUUCAAGAAGACCCUCGAUGAUGUCAAGAUUGGCAACUCUUUGUUCGACGAGUCUGGUGCUGGACUCGUCCAUGAUUUGGUUGAGAAGGCCAAGGCCAAGAACGUCAAGCUUGUGUUCCCCGUCGACUACAUCACCGCUGACAAGUUCUCUCCUGAUGCCGAGACUGGCUACUCUACUGAUGCCGAUGGUAUCCCCGAGGGCUGGAUGGGUCUUGAUUGCGGCAAGGAGUCCAACGCCAUCUUCCGUGAGGAAAUCCUGAAGGCCAAGACCAUCCUGUGGAACGGUCCCAGUGGUGUGUUUGAGUUUGAGAAGUUCGCUACUGGUACAAAGUCCGCUCUUGACGCCGUCAUCGAGGCAACCAAGAACGGUGCUGUAACCGUCGUUGGUGGUGGUGACACCGCCACUGCUGCAUUGAACUGGGGUGCUGGUGACAAGAUCAGCCACAUCUCCACUGGUGGCGGUGCCUCUCUCGAGUUGUUGGAAGGCAAGGAGUUGCCUGGUGUUGCUGCCCUUUCUACCAAAUGAAUCUCUCGUCUGUAAAUUUUAGGGUUAAAGCAAAAAAAAAAAAAAACAAACAAAGAAGUACAUUUCUCUCAAACAACCUCUUUAACAUUAUAUAUAUAUAUAUUUUUCUUAUUAAAAAACAAAAACAAAAACCAAAUUGUGUGUGCGUGUAUCUCUAUC